AUGACUGGUCAAGCGGCGCAAAUGUUCACGAUGCCGUUGGCCGCUUUUUUUUGCGUGACCGUAGGAUGGCCAUAUGCAUUCUACACUCACGCACUGCUGUCAGUUUUGCUGGCCUUCGUAUUCGCUGCAGUUUAUCACAAUUCUCCGGCACAGCAUCCCCUUGUCUCCGACGACGAAUUUUUCAAAAUUACUGAAGGCAUGCUUGGCGUGCCAGUUGGACGUACUGGUGCUUCAGCCGUGAUACCGCCAGCAUCGCAACUCGUCGUUAAGCUGAUCCUCAGUGCGGUCGCCGAUCAUCUGAACUGCUUCAUUGGACGUACUGGCGCAUCGGCCGUGAUACCGCCAGCAUCGCAACUCGUCGUUAAGCUGAUCCUCAGUGCGGUCGCCGAUCAUCUGAACUGCUUCAGUGAGCGCUUGAAGUUGCAGUUCUUUAAUACGCUCUCAAUGGUGGGCUGUGCACUUUGGCUAAUACCGCUCGGAUUCCUCAGUCGCAGGGAUGAUGUGCUGGCUCUGUUGUGUUUCACAGCCAGUAUAAGCUGUAUCGCAUUUGAGACGUGUGGUUCCAUGAAAAGUGCUACAUUGAUUGCAAGAAAUUUCACCCAGUUUGUUAUGGCCGUUGCUCAGGUUCAUUUUCCGUUUGUUUUCUUAGUGUCUUCAUGUGUGAAAAAAUAGUU